AUUUAUACAUAUAUACGGCUCGUACGGAUAUAUUUUUUAUCGGUUUUUUCCCCAAACGAAUUUUCAUUUACCCCCCGUUAUCCUGUGAAAAGCUAACAAGCCGAAAAUUAUUAAAAUGGGUGAAACGGACGGCGAUAUCGAGCCACGGGCAUCCGCUGAACCGGAGGCGGCAGCAGGACAAGAUACGCUGCAGGUGCCAACGCAAAAGAAACGAAAACUUAAGUCGCCAACUCCAGGCAGCUUACGCGGACGCAGUGCCACGCCCAUACAUGGCCGGAGCCAAACGCCAUUCACCUUGUAUAUGACACGUCGCAGUGCCACGCCCUCAACAUGGCGCAGCAUAACGCCGUUCCUGAAACGCGAAGAGAAGGAGAAAACUCCAUUCGAGCUCGGUCGGGACAUCAAGAGCCAAACCACCUGCAACAUUGCCGUCUUCGAUCGCGCUCUGGUCAUGGAUAUUUCCGAAUCGGUGGAUGUGCAAAAGCCCGUGCGUUACAUAACAUCCGAUUUGUCGGUUAUCGAUCGUGCUGCCGUAAUGGAUGUAUCCAAUGUUGAGGUUAUCUACGUUGUUGAGGAAUACGAAGAGGUCGAAGAGGAGGAGGAAAUCAUCGAAGAGGUGAAGCCGAAGAAGAAGGAGAAGAAACCGAGAAAGCCGCGUACAGCUCGUAAGUCCAUCGAUAAGGAGCAGAGUCCAUCGGGUGAAUUGGAGGCGGAAGACUUUGGUGACUUCGGUGAAGAUAGAGAGGAUAGCAUCGAUUUGGACGACGAUGAGCCAGUUAAGAAGGGCAAAAAGAAGGCUCCACCAAAGAAGAAGGAGAAAAAGGAGAAAUCCCCCAGUCCAAAAUUGACCUUGAAACUGGAGAUGGGCGGUGGCCAGAAGGCUACAAAGAAGAUGUUCGAUCAGCCAGCCGCGGCUGGCCCCAAGCCACCUCCGAAAAAGAGCAAGAUGGUGCUGCAAAUGGAGGAACAGGCCAAGGCAGCAGCCAAGGCAGCCGAGGAAGCGGCUAACCGUGCCAAGCCCAAGGGCGAGACAUUUGAGGAACGUCAAAAGCGUUUGAAGGAAGAAAAGGAGGAGCAGGAGCGCAUCGAAGCCGAGCAGAGGGCGUUAGAGGAGGCGGAGGCCGAAGCUGAAGCGGAACUUGAAGGAGAUGAGGAAGAUAUUCCAGAAGAGGGCGACGAGAGUACCGUAGCGGCCGAUGGCGAAUACAAUGAAGAAGAGUAUCCGGAUGAGCAAGAACAGGAACAGGAACAGGACGAGGAGAAUGAAGACGAUACGGUUCCUGAUUUGAAAAAGGAGAAACGUCGAGGCAGUGACUCCUCCGAUGACUUUGUGCGGCCCGAUCCGCACGAAGAGGAGCGCUGGCAGCGCAUCGCCGCCACGGAGGGCGAAGAGUUCAUGCAGCAGAUGCGCAAAUACAGCAUUGCCAAGCGCGUCAGCGAAAAGGAGCGCGACGCCGAUUGGCAACGCCGACGCGAACAGGCACGCCUGCCCAAGUUCAUUAACUUCCUCUCCGAUCGCACCGUCGAGGCGGGCCAGAGCGUGCGCAUGGCCUGCGCUGUCGAUGGACCCGAGCUCUCUGUCAAAUGGUUCAAGGAUGGAAGGCAGCUGGAGCGUGAUGCGAAUCAUCGCAUCAUCAAUAAUAACAACAUUUUAGUGCUGGAAGUCUGUAAUACCACUAUACUGGACUCUGGCGAGUACUCUUGCCAAAUAAUGAAUCAAAAUGACGAGGUUACCUCAUCGUGUAUUGUGACCAUUUACGAAGUGUUUAAGGACGAACCCAAACCUCCCUCCAUUCAAUAUAUCAAAGAGUACUACCACUUGCGCGACGAUGAGCUGACCAUUGAGGGUCACGUGCACGGCGUACCGCGCCCAGUUGUCACCUGGUGGCGUGGCGCCUUCCAGGUGAAACCCAGCUACAAGUUCACCAUGCUCGAGGAAGCGCAUGGCGUGUGCAAGCUACUCAUCUAUAAGCCGGGCAAUAAGGAUAGCGGCACCUACACCCUGAAAGCCAUCAAUUCGAUUGGCGAGGCUCAAAUCAAUCAGCUCGUUGAGGUGGCCAAGAAUCUGCACUAUCAUGUGCCCGGCAUUUUCCAUGCCCGCGAUCGAAUCCAAUUGGACAGCUUGAAGCAGGCCAAGGUGGCCAUGGAUGCUGCACUCAAGUCCAAGGCCGAAUCGGAUCAGAAACGUGCCGAAAUCGAGGCCGAGCAACAGCGCGUGCAGGCGGCACGUGCACCACCCGAGCCACUCAUCCCGGCCAAGCAAAAGUUGCAAUUCGCCACGCAGCUGCGCGAUCGCAUGGCACUGGAGGGCACAACUGUGAAGUUUGCGGCAACGGUGAUUGGACCAGAUCCAAAUACACGCUGGAUGAAGGAUGACAAGUGGCUCGUGAUGAGCGAAAACAUUAAGAAUCUAUCCGAGGAGGGCAAAGCCAUUAUACAGAUCAACAAUGUCACUGCGGCCGAUUCGGGCGUCUACAAAUGUGUGGCCAAAAAUGAUCAAAGCGAAAUCGAGACCUCAUGCUACUUCAAGGUGUAUGCCGCGCAAGCUGAUGGCGACGAAUCCGAACCCAUAUUCGCCCUGCCCCUGCGAGAUGUGUAUCACUCCUCCCAGAAUGAUUUGAUUCUCGAUACGAAAGUUCGAGGCAAUCCUCGUCCCGUUAUUUCGUGGACGAAAGAUCAGAUACCCGUUGUUCUCGACGAUCGUGUCGUACAAAUCGAGCACUUGGAUGGCGUCUGCGAGCUGAUCGUUAACAAGCCAACUGUGAAUGACAACGGCAUCUACGUCUGCACCGCCCAGAAUAAAUUGGGCAGUCAGUCGACCACCCACACGGUCGUUGUCGACACACAUUCGUCACGCCGCUCUAGCAUCUUAUCGGCCAUGCAAGAGGACUCAGCCGAGGGUGCUACCAAACCCAAACCGAAGAAGCUGCCCAAGAAAGACGAGCCCGAGGGCGGCGAAGGCGGCUAUGAGCGCCGCAGCCGCAUGCCCGACCCAUCACCCAAGCAAAUGCUCUAUUUCACGGUCAAUCUAUCCAAUCGCUAUGUGGCUGAAGGCUCUAAGGUUAAAUUGCAAGCGGUUAUUGGCGGACCCGAGCCCACCAUCAAAUGGCAGAAGGAUGACCAAAACGUGCAAUAUGGACCGCGUAUACGCAACAUGAAUCGCGACAGCUUGGCUGUGCUGGAGUUCCUAAACGCACAGGAGGAGGACUCUGGCACCUAUACGAUAAUAGCCCAAAAUGAGUUCUGCAAGAUCACCACAUCGGCCGUGCUGCAUGUCUAUCAGCCGAAGGUCAACACCGAUGUGCAGCCCGUGUUCAUACGCUCGCUGAAAGAGACCUAUCACCUGAACUCGAAUGAACUCAUACUGGAGACAGCUGUGCGGGGUCAGCCUACGCCCCAAGUGCAGUGGUUUAAGGACAGCGUUGAGGUUCAAAGUGGCGGUCGUUACCAGAUAAUUGAACAUCAGGAUGGCACAUGUGAGCUAAUCAUUGAUCGGCCGGAUAACAAGGACUCCGGCAAGUAUGUGGUGAAGGCGGAGAGUCGCGCUGGAAAAAUGGAAAUUUCCCAUUAUGUGCUCUUUGAGGGCAAGGCAUCCCACAUAGCGGACAAUAUCCACGGCGUGUUCCAUGCGGACAAGAGCUUGUUGCGACCCAAGGAGGCGGAGAAGCCAGCUGUGAAGCCUGCUGCUCCAGCGGCCGCUGAAUCAGAAGCUGAAGGUGAGGAGGGCAAGGGCAAACGUCGUGGCCGCAAGAAGGAUGAUCCCGAGGAAGAGGGUGUGUCAUCAGCCACGGAUUAUGCUUCCGAUACGGCCAGCAUGUCCAGUAAGCGACGCGAGAAGAAUAUUGGCAUUCAUUUUACCACCUCUAUGAGGGAUCGCGUUGUGGCUGAAGGCUCCAAGGUGAAGAUCUCGUGCUUCCUGGAAGCCAAGGAGCCCCAGGUGAAAUGGUUCAAGAAUGAUGAGCCCAUUCAGAACUCGCCCAAAAUUCGAGGACGGUACAGCGAGGGUCUCUGCCUCUUGGAGAUUAACAGCGCUACCGAGGAGGACAAUGGCGAGUACAGGUGUUGGGGACGAGAUGAAACUGGUGAGGCGUCCACCUCCUGCAGGCUAGAGGUGUAUGCAGAUCCAGGCACUGGUGACGUGCCACCCACCUUUACGCGCAACAUCAAGGACACGCUGCACGGCAAGAUCAACGAGCUCCAGCUGGAUGUGCAUGUACGCGGCCUGCCAACGCCAUCUGUGACAUGGUACAAGGAUGGAGUGAAGAUUGAGAACAAUGAAAAGUACCACCAGGUGGACCAUGAUGACGGCACAUGCGAACUGUUCAUUAGCCAUCCAAAGCCGGCCGACAGUGGCAAAUACGUGUGCCAGGCCGAGAACCGUGAGGGUCAAACGGAAAUUGUGCAUAUGGUCACUGUGGAGCCGCGCAUUCGGGUACGCCCCGUGUCGCCGCCCAGAGAGGGACGGCCGCCACCCAAGCCAGCUGGCGAGGAUGGAGAGCCAGCUGCUGAGGGUGAAGUGGCUGAGGGUGAAGCCACUGAGAAGAGAGUCCGAAAGCCCAAGAACGAGGAUGAGGAGGCCACGAGCUCCAGGCGCGAAGUUCCCAUGCCUCCAGAUCUAAAGAAGCGUCUCUAUUUCCGCAACUUCCUAGCCAAUCGCACCGUCAAGUCCGGCAGCAAUGUCAAAUGGAUGGUCAAUAUCGAUGGGCCGGAGCCGACGGCUAAAUGGUUCCAUGGCGAUCAGCCGAUUGCCUUCGGACCCAAGAGCAAAAUGUCCAUGCAGGACGGCAUUGCCUGGCUCAAUCUGGUGGGCGUUACAGAAGAGGAUGCUGGCGAAUAUACGCUACGCGUUCGCGGCCCCGAAAAUGAAAUUGUUAGCACUUGCAAUCUAUUCGUUUACAGCACGGGUAAAGUUGAAAUCAUCCCACCCACUUUCACAGUGGGCAUCAAAGACACGUAUUCUCUCAAUGAGAAUGAGUUGGUUCUGGAUUGUCGUGUGCGUGGCCAGCCUCGUCCAGAGAUCCAGUGGAUGAAGGGCAACGAGAUUAUUAAUAACGAUGAUAAAUAUCAACAAAUUGAUCAGGCCGAUGGUUACUCCAAGCUGAUCAUACGCAAUCCCGUUGAAAAGGACUCUGGCAUCUACUCCUGCAUAGCAACCAACGAGGGCGCCCAGAACAAGAUGACCCAUCAGGUGGACUUUGUGGGACGCGAGCGUUUCACGCUGGAGAAGACGCACGGUUUCUUCCACCGUGAUCCCAACAAGCCGCACUUCCUUGCCCCGCUGGGCAAUCAGACCGUGUGCAAUGGCGGCACCGUCGCCAUCUCGGCCGAGUUCAUGCAGUCGAGCACACCCAUCGAAGUGAAAUGGUAUCGCGAUCGCAAGGUUGUCGAGGGUCCAAAUGUUCGAACUUUGAACGAUCGUGGCAUCUACACGCUGGCCAUCAUGAAUGCUUCGGCUGAGCACGAAGGCACCUAUACUUGCCUCGCCUCGAACGCCUUUGGACGCAUUGAGUCGCAUGUCAACAUUGAUGUCGCUGUUGGCGCUGAGAAGAACGAACGCCCACCCCUCUUCCUGUCCAGGCCAGAAACUGAAAUGAAGAUUGCCGUUGGUGAUCCGUUCUCGAUUUCCUUCCGUAUUGCGGGUGAUCCGAAACCGAAACUGGUGUUCAUGAAGGGCACCAAGGAUAUUACCCAAUCGGAUCGGGUCAGCAAAGAGGUAUCCGACGACUACACCAGAUUCACAGUGCAAAAGUCGCAGAUUUCCGACUCCGGCACCUAUUUCGUUGUUGCACGCAACGACUUUGGCACGGAUAGAAUAUUCGUCACAAUUACAGUUAACCCGCGCGCUCGCUCUGAAACCCCAACGCAACCACGCUGGGGCCAACCCCUGGACAGUUAUAGUGAAACUUCGUAUUUCAGAGAUCCACCUGGCUGUAUAUCCACGGAGCCGCUGGUCGUUGACUCUGGACCCACCCACAUCUCGUUGUCGUGGGGCAAGCCCGUCAGCGCCAACUCAGCGCCGGUCAUUGCCUACAAGGUGGAAGCAUGGAUUGUUGGUCAUGACGGAGGCGCCUACUGGCGCGAAUUGGGACUGACGCCCAUUAAUUCCUUUGAUGCAUUCAAUCUGAAGCCAAAUGUGGAAUACCAUUUCCGCGUGACGCCCAAAAAUCGCUAUGGCUGGGGACCGGCGGUGCAGACCAGCUCCCCUCUACAGGUGGGCGGCGUGGAGUGCCUGCCGGAGUUUGUCAAGAUUCUGCCUGGGCAGGUGAAGGCGUUGCUCGGCUCCUCCUUUACGCUGCAGUGCAAUAUGCGUGGAGCGCCGCGUCCACAGAUUACCUGGUACAAGGAUGGCAUACAGCUGAGCAGCAAUUCCGAUCGUGUCAAGAUCCGCCAGAUCGGCUCCACCUGUGCUCUCACCAUAACUACGGUUUGUGAGCUCGACUCUGGGCGCUACACCUGCGAGGCAACCAAUUCCAAGGGGCGCGUCUCUACGUUUGCACGCCUGCAAGUUGUCUCUGAUCCACGGCUAUACGAGGCAGACUCGAGACUGAAGGAAAUCGCACACGGACGCCAUCCGGCUGAACUGGGCGAAUCGUUGCCCAUUUUCACAAUGCGUCUGCGCGAUCGUCGCGUGCAGAUGACCUACCCGGUGCGUCUGACCUGCCAAAUUGUUGGCUAUCCCGCACCGGAGAUACUCUGGUACAAGGAUGGGCAGCUCAUCGCCAGUGAUAGACGGCAUCUUAUCACGGCCGAGGGACAAUUCUAUACGCUGGAAAUAGCAGCCACAUUGCUGGAAGACAGCGGCAAUUACACCUGCACGGCCAAGAAUGAACUGGGCUCUGUGUCCUGCCACUGCUGCCUGGUGGUGGACAAGGGCAUACGCGCCUACAUCUCGCCCGACUUUUACGUGCCCCUGGACCCAUUCUAUGUGUUCCGUGAGGGCAGCGAAAUCCGCCUGUCCACCAAAGUGGAGGCCUAUCCCGCUGUGGGUGUCACCUGGCAUCGCAACGGCAUGCGUCUGCGUCCGAGUCGUCGCAUAUCCGCCACCCUCGACUCCACGGGCUAUGUGGAACUAAUCAUUGCCGAGGCAACGCCACGAGAUGCUGGCAUCUACGUUUGUGUCGCCUCCAAUGCGGUUGGCAAGGUGGAGACCAUAUGCCGUGUGGCCAUCGAGGAGAACGAAGCAGCUGCAACCACGCAACGCGCACUCGACAUACCCAGCAUCAAGACAAGCGACAUGCCUUACUCCAAGGAGCCGCUAUUUGUUGUCAAGCCCCGUUCGAGCGAAGCAUACGAGGGCGACAACGUCAUCAUCUUUUGCGAAGUGGUCGGCGAUCCCAAGCCCGACGUUGUCUGGCUGCGUGAUUUUCUGAAUCCGGAGUACUACAAGGACGCGCCACACUUUCGACGCAUCGGCGAGGGGCCGGAGUAUCGUUUGGAGAUACCCAGCGCCAAAUUGGACUUUACCGGCACUUAUUCAGUUAUAGCCAGCAAUUGCCAUGGCGAGGCCAAGGCUGUAAUAUCAUUGCAAAUCUACGCCAAAGAUAUACUUAAAGAUAAUCGCAUGGAUAAAGUUCACACACGCCAUGGUAAUAUUGAGACAUUGCCGCGAUUCGUACGCAAUUUGCGGAAUUUGCGCUGCUGUGAUGGAGAUGCCAUCUCGUUGGAGUGUCAUGUGGAAGCCAUGCCGGAGCCAUUCAUAAUAUGGGAAAAGGAUGGCCAUGUCGUGCCCAGUGACAGGGAUUACGUGAUGUCGUUUGACGGUGUCAAGGCUACGCUGAGUAUUCCACGCGUGUAUCCCGAGGACGAAGGUGAAUACACUUGUGUGGCCAAGAACUCGGUUGGCCGCUCGCUCUCGUCAGCCUGCAUAAUUGUUGAUGUGCCCGAAGAGAAGGAGAAUAUGCUCAGCCGCCAAUUAACACGACCAAGUGCCUUACUCUCAGCUCACUCCACACCGCGUUCCACACCUCGUUCGACUCCGAACCGAAGCUUUUCGCCGAUGAGGCUUUCCUACCGCAACAGCAGUAUCGAUCUGCAAAGGGGAUCAGUGGAGCGUCGUCGCAGUGAUGCCCGCUGCAUAUCAGCGCCCAAAUUCCUAGCCAUUCCCUACAACCGUGUCGUGGAGGAGGGCGACAGCGUGCGCUUCCAGUGUGCAAUUGCAGGACAUCCCACUCCGUGGGCCACCUGGGACAAGGAUGGCCUGAUAGUCACGCCCACCCCUCGAAUUGCAGUGAAGGAAGUCGAUGAUCUGCGCUUCAUAGAGAUCGAUGAGGUGGGAUUCGACGAUGCUGGUCUGUAUCGGAUAACGCUGGAGAAUGACUUUGGACGCAUAGAAGCCACUGCUCGCCUGGACGUAAUUAGCAGUUCACGCUACUCCAAAUCUCCAUCGACACGUAGCGUCCGCGCCUCCUCCUCGAGACGAAAUGCCUAUCUCUAUAGGCGCAUCAUGGGCCCCUCUACAGCUAUUGGCGGCCGCAUGGCAUUGGCAAGUGGCUUUCGUGGCUCGUCUGUGCCCUCAGUAAGAUUCUAUCACAACAAUGUGGAGCUGGAACCAUCGGACCGGGUGCACAUUGUGCUGCAGGAGGACGAAGCUAUGCUAUUCGUGGACAACGUAACUGUGGAGGAUGAAGGCAUCUACACCUGCAUCAUAAGUGGCGAUCAUGAACCUUUAGUUAGCUCCAUUGAUGUCAAGUUCCAUGGCUCUAGUACUGAUAUACAGCGUCGACGCGCAACCAUCGCCGAGCCAUUGCCAGAGCUAACUAAAUCCGUCGAGGGCGAGGUGAUUGAUCUCUGCUGUGUCAUUGAAAGCGACGAACCCUACAGCUAUGUCUGGUUGCGUAAUGGAGAAAUACUGCCCGACAGCGAGGAAUUCAACUACAUCGAUCACGGCAAUGGUUGCCUCUGCUUGCGCAUCAACGAUGCCUUCGACAUUGACUCGGGCAUCUACAGCUGUCAGGUGUACACGUCCACAACAGAUGACAGCAACAGCAGCAGCGACGUCGACGGCGACUGCGACUGCAGCAGCAGCGGCGAGCUGUGCGUGCUCGAGCGCGAUCUCACACGGACCGAAGAGAGCGUACAGCUGCUAAAGACGCCGCUGCCAUUGGUCUGUGCUCCAGGUGCCGAAGCUCUCUUCUAUGCGCGUGUUUUCCCCUGCCAAGCGGAUGUCGAAUGGUAUCUCAACGGAAAACUGAUUACGGAUGACUCACCAAACCAAAUGUUGGAGUCAUAUCCAGAGAACGGCAUUCGCUUGCUGCGCCUGCGAAACGUGCAGCUGAACCAGAGCGGGGAAUUGCGACUGCAAGUGAAACACCCACAGGCGGAACGACGUGCGCCCUCGGUACGCAGCUAUACCAGCCUUCUAGUACUACCCGUCAACAACAACAACAGCAAUAAUAUUAUUAAUAAUAAUAAUACUAACAAGGAGCAACACAAUCUCCCGCUGGCUGCCAGCAGCUGCAUAUUGAAGGGCCCGGAGGAUUGCACCGCACUCAUUGGGGGCCACGUCCAACUGAGCGUGCACUAUGAGCCAUUCCCCAAUACCAAAGUCAUCUGGUACAAGGCGUGCCGUGCCAUUGUUGAGGGCGCCAAUGUGACAAUCCGUACAACGUCGCAACGAUCAACGCUUUAUAUAACGGACAUCUCCGCCGAUGACAGCGGCAAGUACACGGCCGAAAUAAUGAACGAAUAUGGCAUAGAGGCAGCCUCGGCCUCAGUGGCCGUCGAGGGACCCCCGGAACCGCCCAGCGGAAAGCCAAGCGUCUCCCUUGGACCCGAUCGUGUGGCCGUCGCCUGGUGUGGACCGCCCUACGAUGGGGGUUGCAUGAUAACUGGAUUUAUCAUCGAGAUGCAGAGCUGUAAUCCCACGGACUGUGAUAGCGUCAAGGACAACGCUGACUGGCAGCAGGUGGCGCGUGUUGUGGACACGCUGGCCUACACCGUCAAGGAGCUGCUGCCCCAGCUGCAGUACAGAUUUCGCGUGCGCGCCGAGAACAUACACGGACGCAGUGCACCCAGUCAGGUCAGUGAAUGGGUGCAGACAACAAGACCAGCCAGCACAUUGGAUGCUGGCAACACAACAAAUCCCACGAGCGCGGUGAGCGUCCAGUCGGGCGGCGAUUUCAAGGCACGUUUCGAAAUCAUCGAGGAGCUGGGCAAGGGACGCUUUGGUGUCGUCUAUAAGGUGCAGGAACGCGCCCACCCCGAACAGCUGCUGGCCGCCAAGGUGAUCAAGUGCAUCAAGUCGCGCGAUCGCCAGAAAGUGCUGGAAGAGAUAUCCAUCAUGCGCUCGCUGCAGCAUCCCAAGCUGUUGCAGCUGGCCGCCUCCUUUGAGAGUGCACGCGAAAUCGUCAUGGUCAUGGAAUACAUUACGGGUGGAGAGCUGUUUGAGCGCGUGGUUGCGGAUGACUUUACGCUGACCGAGCUGGACUGCAUUCUAUUUCUGCGGCAGGUGUGCGAAGGCGUUGCCUACAUGCACAGCCAGAGCGUCGUCCACUUGGAUCUGAAGCCGGAGAAUAUCAUGUGCCACACGCGCACCAGCCACCAGAUCAAGAUCAUAGACUUUGGCCUGGCCCAGCGUCUGGACACAAAGGCGCCAGUGCGCGUGCUCUUUGGCACGCCGGAAUUCAUACCGCCAGAGAUCAUAAGCUACGAGCCCAUUGACUUCAAGUCGGACAUGUGGAGCGUGGGCGUCAUAUGCUAUGUGCUACUCUCUGGCCUAUCGCCCUUCAUGGGUGACUCCGAUGUGGAGACUUUUUCGAAUAUAACACGUGCGGACUACGACUACGAUGACGAGGCCUUCGAUUGCGUCUCACAAGAGGCCAAGGACUUUAUCUCACAGCUGCUAGUGCAUCGCAAGGAGUCGCGCCUGACUGCCCAGCAGUGUCUCGAGUCCAAGUGGCUGUGCCAGCGCCACGAUGAGAAUCUCAGCAACAACAAAAUCUGCACAGACAAGCUCAAGAAAUUCAUUAUACGACGCAAAUGGCAGAAAACGGGCAAUGCUAUACGGGCGCUGGGUCGCAUGGCCACGCUGUCCGCCUCGCGUCGCAAUUCGGCCAUUGCCAUGGGCGCACUCAAUAGUCCACGCCCCUCGAUUUCCGGCUUGAGCAUGUUGAGCGCCGUCAAUGUGUGCAGCACGCAAAUGGCCUCCUUGAACGAGGAGGAGGAUGACUUUACGGGCGAGAUGCCGCAUGUGGACAAGCGCAAGACGACGAGCCUCAAACUGCGCGACAAAUCGCAGUGCAGCGAGCGCAGCGAUUCCGGCUACAGCGAGUGCUCCAAUGGCAGCCUGGGCACACAGGAGACGCUGCUGCUAACGCUGGCCAAGUGCAAGCUGGAGCAGAUUGCCAAGGCCAGCCAGAGCGAGACGGCAGAUAAUGCGGCCAGUGCGAUGCCAUCGUUGGACCUGUCCGUCAAGAGUGAGCCCAUAAUGCUCUCCGAUUUCACCAAUACGGUUAAGAUGCGCAAGAAGUCGCUCGAGGAUAGCUGCACACGUGAAAAGCUCAAGCCGCAUGUCAAACCCAUUUGCGAGCCCAAGCUGAAGGUGUCCCAGCUAAAGCACAAGUUUCAGCAAUCGAAUGCCGCUGCCGCUUCCGCUGCUGCUGCUGCUGCACAUAAAAAGCCUGCCAUCGAGCCCAACAAAAUCGCCAAGGUCGCGAGCAUGGGUCGCAUCAGCAAACCUGAGCCAACGAGCAGGCCCGCUGUCGCCAUUAAAGCGAAGCCAACACAAGCCCAGUCCAUGCCCAGCUCCCCGCUGCCACAGCGUUCAGCAACGCCAACGCGGCUGAGCAGUCGAGUACGUGAGACGACGGAGCGUCUUGCCCAACAGCACACGGUGGCCAGCGCACAGCGACAGGCGGCGAAUGGCAAGGGGCAUGGGCAUGGCUAUGGAAAUGGAGGUGGAAAUGGUAAUGGAAAUGGAAAUGGGAACGGUCAUGGUCUCGGGCAUGGACACGAGCACGGACAGGGGCACGAAUCACGUGCGCGUCGUCUCAUCAAUAGAUUCAACGAAACGAAACAUAUCACGUCCUAGCUGUUUAAUGACUCUGAUUUACUUAUUUCACUUUAUUAUUAUUGUUUCUUUUUUUUUUAUCUAUUGUGUAAAAACAAACCCAAGGAAAAUCUGUACGAAAAAACACUCGAAUAUACAUAUGUAUAUUUAUAUAUCUAUAUAUAUAUAUACAUGUAUAUAUAUAGUUGCAAUUGCGAACUAAUUGUAAUCCAAAUCCGAAUCCAAAAUGGCACCCAAAACAUUUUUAGGCACAGGCACAGGCACACCGCACUGCACUUAGGCUAGACAAAGGCUAAAUAUUUAAAUUAUUGUAUCGAUUUAUAUACAUACAUCUAUUUACCAUACUAAUUAAAGUUAAUGUAACGAA